CAAAAAGCUUACAGCAUGUAUGGCAGUGGUUUUGGAGGAAGCACUCGCAUAUCUUCCACUUCUGUUCGGCAGAGUGGCUGCUACCCAGAUAUGCAAUCCAGAAUUGGAGGGGGAUAUGGUUAUGGUGGAAUGAACAGUGGAGGACACGGUGGAGGAUUUGGUUCUGGGAUCAUGGCUGGAGGCUGCUAUGGAGGGGAUGGUGACUUUGUCCAGCUGAACGAGAAGGCCACCAUGCAGAACCUGAAUGACCGUCUGGCUGCUUACCUGCAGAAGGUGCACUCUCUGGAGGCUGCUAAUGCCAAUCUGGAGAAGCAGAUCCGUGACUUCUAUGAGAAGAAGGGGCUGGGUGCACCAAGGGACUACAGUGCCUACUGGAACACCAUCAAGGACUUGAAGGAAAAGAUCAAAACUGUUACUGUCAACAAUGCCAGCAUCCUACUGCAGAUCGACAACUCUAAGCUGGCUGGUGAUGACUUCAAGUCAAAAUAUGAGCAUGAGUUAGCUAUGCGGCAGUGUGUGGAGGCUGACAUCGCUAACCUGCAUCAAUUGUUGGAUCAGAUGAAACUGACAAAGGCCGACCUGGAGAGCCAGAUCAAAAGUCUACAGGAAGAACUGGACUUCAUGAAAAAGAACCACGAAGAGGACAUGGCAGCACUGAGGUCUCAGCUGACAGGCACAGUAAAUGUGGAGGUUGAUGCUGCCCCUCAGCAAGACCUCAACAAGGUUUUGGAGGAAAUACGCUCUCAUUAUGAGGCCAUCAUAACGAAACACCGCAAGGAACAGGAAGCCUGGUUUAAUGAAAAGACGGCACAAUUUGGCAAAGAAGUGGCCAUCAGCACAGAGACCAUACAAACCUCUAAGUCUGAGAUCUCAAUUCUACAAAAGACCUUGCAAAGCCUGGAGAUCGAGCUACAGUCGCAACUCAGCAUGAAAGCAUCACUGGAGAGCUCACUGGCAGACACAAAGGCUAGAUACAGUGCUAUGCUAGCAGGCUUCCAGAACCACAUCAACAUGCUGGAAGCAGAACUGUGUCAGAUGCGGGCAAGCACUGAGCAACAGGGUCUAGAAUAUGUAGCACUUCUGGACAUCAAGAGCCGCCUGGAGCAGGAGAUCGCCACCUACAGAAGCCUCCUGGAAAAUCAGGACAUUAAGACCCAAGUGCAAGGCAAACCUCCAAAUGUCUCUUCAGGUGGAUCUCAAAAUGUCCCCUCUGGUGGACCUCAAAAUGUCCCCGCUGGUAGACCAGCAAUCCCAAUAAAGCAGACCACCACCUCCACCACCACAAAUCAUAUCUACUAA